GCGGCCGGCCGCCGGGUGGGCCACUGCAGCAUCUGCAGCUGCCUCGCGGUCCGCCCCGGCCACAGCUCCGACUUUGCCUCUGGCGGCCUGGACUGCGCGGUUAUCCUCUGGAGGCGGAGCGCCCGCGCCAGCGCUGGCGCGGCGUGCGAGGGCCGGAAGGUGCAGCUGCCGCCCGACCUGGACGAGGCCUCCGCGACCUCCGCGGGCGGCUGCCAGCUGCUCAACCCGCACUUCGUGCACUCGCUCUCCUACGCGCCCGACGGCGGCAGCCUGGCCGUGGGGCUCGGCGACGGGACGGUGGCGCAGCUGGACGCGGGCUCGGGGCGCCUGUGUCGGAGGCUGCGGGGCCACGCCUCCGCGGUCGCCCAGGUCCUGCACGCGCCCGCGGGGCUCUUCUCCGCCGGCAACGACCUGGGGAUCUGCCUCUGGGGCCCGGCGGCGCCCGCGCCGAUGCUGCGGCUGUCGCACCCGGAGAAGGUGAACGGGCUCGCCUGGGCGGGCUCGGCCCUGCUGGUGGCUGGCCUGGGGCGCGACGUCGUGGCCUACGAGGGCUUCGGCCGCUGACCUCUCGGCCGAGCCGCUCGCCCAGGCGGUGGCAGGUGGCCCGCGGCGCUCGUGGCGCCGCGCUCGCCGGGGCUGGGGGGCCGCCGCCUGCCGGCUGCCGGCGCCCCGGCGGCA